AUGAUUACCAAUAAGGAUCAUCCGAAAUCGGCGAAGGUUCGAAACCAAUUUUACGAAGCCGAUCUCGAGGAGGAUAUCGGUUUGAUACGAUGUUUGAUGAAGUCGAUAGGCUUGUGGUACUCGAAAACUGAAAGUUCAUCAAGAGAGAAAUUCAUGUCAAUCGUCUCUGUAAUUGCCUGCACUCUUCUAAACGUCGCCGUGGUCGUUCCCUUCUUCAUACACCUCGUCUUCAUUGAGGAGGACAUCAAAAUGGUGGUGGAAAACGCUUCGGCGUUGAUCGGUUUCAUCAUAGGAGGGUUCAAGUAUUUGUGUAUGGUUGGUCACAGGAGCGAUAUCUGCAACUACAUAGACAGGAUUUCCGAAGAUUGGAGGAAUGCUCGCAUGGAUCCCGAUCGCAAGAUCAUGCUCCAAAGCACGAAAUUCUUCCAACAAUUGAUAAGGACCGCUAUGAUCAUCAUGUACGCUGGUCCCGUGGGGUACUCAUUCAUGCUCCCGAUUCUGUCAGGGGAUCUUCUGUCCCAUAAUGAUACUACAAGAAGGCCGACGUUUCCCUGCUAUUAUCACGUCUUCGAUGUUUACCCUUCGCCGAAUUAUGAAAUUGUUUAUAUUACGCAAAUUAGCGGCGUGGCCGUGUGUACAACCUUUUACGUGAUCGCUUCUGCUCUCACGGCCAAAUUUGUUUUUCACAUCUGUACCCAAUGCCGGAUCGUGAGAUCACUUUUUGAGGACGUUAUCGAUGGAGACAAGCAACAAGAUCGGAGCUUCAACGAGAGAUGGUCCUACGCUAUCAAAGCUCACUUACGGGUAUUAAGAUUUGUAAAGGACGCGGUGUCGGUACUGAGAGGCAUAUGUUUCGCGGAAUUGUUAGGAUGUAGCACAAUCACUUGUUUCAUUGGACUCAAUGCAAUUUGGGUAGGCAAAUGAAAAAAAAAAAAAUAAGACAA